AUGAAGGUCGUUGAUCCGCAAACCGCAACCCUGACCAACAUCGAGGUUCUUUCCUAUCUGACUUCGAAUCCACCUCGAAAAUCGCCUGAAGGGCCUCCAAAUUUUAGAAACUAUGAGCCAAAGCCAGAUCUGAGAUUACAUUGUUCUGUUGUGGCAGAGAUACAUAACUACGUCGAUCGCAUAUCCCCGCAUCUUCUAAACUAUCCACGCUAUACACAUGACUCCAAAGAUUCGAGCACGAAUAAUGAUCAACAAGAAUCCACAGACCAACAACAGCAGCAGCAACAGCCGUACAUACAGCCGACGGAACCCACACCAUUGGACAAUGCGUUGCGGAAACUGAUUCGAGAACUAGCCCCCUACAAUCUCACAAAAGGUGAGGUUAUGAUGCUUAUCAAUCUCGGUGUCGGAACGAAGAAUGUCGCGAAAGAAGAUACCAUGGAAGUGGAUGGCGCCGAAGCAGAGGAGGAAGAAGAUCCAUAUUAUAGCGACAAAGCUGUGAUGUCGAGUUUUAUCGAAGAUAUGAGUGAGAGGCUUUCGGAUGACGAUGUGAUCAAUAUCUUGACGAUUUUGAAUGAGAAUCUGGCAAGUCAGUAA